CGUCGCGGCGGCCCUGGUCGAAGGUGGUAGAAGCGGCAGUAGUAGCUCCUCUCGGUCGUAGCGAAAGGAGGACGCGGGGGCGCCCUGAAGGAGCGCGGGGGAACGAAGCCCGGAGGGAUACCCGGUUGCCUGGCGACCGGCCAGUUCGAUCCCAGCCAGCCGGCGAGACGCGGCUUCCGCGAACUUUGCGCUACGAGAAGUAGCAGCAGCAGUAACCACAGGAGGCGAAAGAAAAGAAGUACGUAAGCUCGAUUUUCGGUGAGCAGCAGGUCGUCGCGAGAUUUCGUCCGCCAUUUGUCGAGGCGGCCACGUAACUGGUGCUGGGGCCUCCGGGGUGACGCGCCGGGACCAUGGGGCCCGAUGACGGCGGCGCUCGCGUAAUCGCGUGCGCCUGAUUGCUCUACCGUGCCUCGCCAUGUUCCAGUGCAUAAUCCAGCAGAGAAACGGGUGGAUACACCCGACCAGCGCCGACACUAAGGACGUUUUCCCAGAUAUACGGCUGCAAUUAAACGAGCAGCUACGAUGCCUGGACGUACGGAUGGAGGCGCAGGUCGCGCUCGUCGCCGAGCUGCAGGACUUCUUCAGAAGGCGAGCCGAGCUCGAGCUCGACUACAGCAAAUCCCUCGACAAGAUGGCCAAAAGCAUACAGAUGCGGCACAAGGAACAGAAGCAAAAGCGGGAACAGUGGCCCCUAUUCUCGUCGUACGCUUGCUGGCAGCAGCUCGUCAACGAGACCAAGUCCCUCAGUCGGGAUCACGCUGCCCUCUCCGAGGUUUACAGUACGCAUCUCGUGGCGCGACUCAACCAGGUCAUGGAAGACGUUCAGCGCAUUUACAGGCGCUGCCGUGAGAUUGGCUACGAGACCCACGAGGAGAUACUGCGGGUGCUACACGAACUUCACACAACGAUGAAGACGUAUCAGGGCUAUCAGGCGGAAUCGCGACAGGCCGAGACGAAGCUGAGGGUCGCCGAACAGCAGCGCACAAAGCUCGAGGUCGCUAACGCGCCCCCGGAGAAGCUCGCGCGUAGCAAGAAGUACAAGCUUAUUGAGAAGGAAGUGAAUAAGAGAAAGAGCAAGUACACCGAGGCAAAACUGAAGGCGCUCAAGGCCAGGAACGAAUAUAUCCUCUGCCUCGAGGCUUCCAACACAACUAUACACAAAUACUUUGUCGACGACCUGUCGGAUCUCAUUGACUGUAUGGAUUUUGGCUUUCAUAAUUGCAUCGCUCGAGCUUUGCUGAUGCACUGUAGUGCGGAAGAGGGCAGGCAGCGUUCGCUUCAAUUCGGGGCCGAACAAUUGUCUUCCUGCGUUGGCUCUUUAGAUUCGAGAGCCGAUAAGCAGAGGUUCCUCGAGUCACAUCACGCGGCCUUCAUGAUCCCGAAGAAAUUCGAGUUUCAAGGCCAGCGAGGAGAUGACGCCCCGGAAUCGGAACUACAGAAGGUGCUACAUACGGAAAUGGAGCAGAGACUCCAGCAGCUACAGCAGAGGGUCACCUCGCUGCGAACCGAAUCCGAGGAAGUGUGGAAGACCCUCGAGACCGCCGAGGCGAGUCUACUCGAGAUGUUUACAGCCAAAGAUUACGAUUGUUCGAGGUAUUUCGGUGAUAAUGCGAUGCCGACGUCGAAGCCGCCCGAAACGGUGCAAAUUAAGCUUAGGGCCGACCGACAGGAGACAGAGGAGUUUUACCUUACUAAAUUCAGGGAAUACCUGCUCGGGACGUCAAGGAUAGCGAGACUAGAUGCCAAGCAGGAAUAUAUCCGCCAAAGUUUAUUAGAGGGCUCGAAUUCGAGCCCCAAUCCAUCGAUCUCGGCAACCAAGCAGAAACAAGCUCGCAGAAAGCGAAUCGGCCGUUUGCAAAUGAACGGACAGCCAAAGUUAUUUGGGGGCUCGCUCGAAGAGUACUUGGAGAGUACGAAUCAAGAAAUACCCCUGAUCAUGAAAAGCUGCAUCAGGGUAAUCAAUUUAUACGGUCUUCAUCAUCAAGGAAUAUUUAGGGUAUCUGGCUCGCAAGUAGAAAUUAAUAAUUUUAGAGAGUGGUUUGAAAGGGGCGAGGAUCCUCUUGCCGACAUGACGGACGCAUCUGACAUUAACAGCGUGGCCGGCGUCUUAAAAUUGUAUUUGAGAGAAUUGAGAGAGCCAAUUUUUCCGAUAAUUUACUUUGAGCAGCUUAUGGAGCUCGCGCAAUUAGAUUCCAAACAAGAUUUUGUCACGAAGAUGAAGGCAGUUAUUUCGAGUCUUCCAAGGCCGGUAGUCAUAGUCAUGCGAUAUCUCUUUGCAUUUCUUAAUCAUCUUUCUGAAUUUUCCGACGAAAAUAUGAUGGACCCCUAUAAUUUGGCUAUUUGCUUCGGGCCGACAUUGGUUCCCGUUCCCGAGGACAAGGACCAAGUACAAUAUCAGAAUCAAGUUAACGAGUUAAUUAAAAAUAUUAUCACUCUUUGCGAAGAAAUCUUCCCGGAUGAUAUUGGCGGUAUCCAGUACGAAAAAUAUAUUAGUCGAGAGCCUGAUGAUGUAGACGUGGGAGAUUCACCGACGGAUCAGGUGCAAGAAGAUAUGGAUUCGGAAGUUUAUCCAUCGGAAGACGAAUCUGAGAAUCUCGAGGCUACAGCGCAGUUCGAUUUUAAUGCGCGAUCCGAAAGAGAACUUAGCUUCAAGAAGGGCGAUACGUUAACGCUAUACACGCAAGUAAGCAACGAUUGGUGGAGAGGCGCACUGGCAGGCAGAGAAGGUCUCAUCCCCGACAAAUAUAUCAUGCUCAAGAUAAAAGAUGAGGAGCGAGAUAAAGAUUUGAAAUCGUCAUCGAGUGAAGAGUCGAUGAGAAGGCGAGCAUCAAGUUCAGCCGACAGUGUUUUAUCGAGUAACAAUUCGCCCUUGAUGGGACCAAGUAGUAACGUAAAUAUUUGGCCAGGAGUCGUAGCCUGUGAAAUGGCACUGGCCACUAAUAACACACAAUCAGAUAGUUCAAGCACCAGCUCGAUCGUGCCAACAGUUGUAUCGAAUAUACCCUGCGUCACGUCCUCGUCACAGCCCAUCAUUAGCCGUGAGAAUCCUGUAGAACAAUGUCAAUCCAUAGACGAUACCAAAGGGAAUGUCGAUUGUCGGAACUGCUUUGACGACGGACUCUCAUUGGGCUUAGGAUGUAACAACAACAACAACAACAACGCGGGGAGCUAG